AUGUGUGAUCAACUUCAAAUUGACUGCAGCAAAUUGAAGUCAGUCAAGUUAGGCCUCGAUAAUUUGGUCCGAGAGAAGUCUCGAAUUUUGGAUGACAAGGACAACCAAAUCAGUCGACUAAAUGCAGACUUGAGAACAAGGCAACAUCAAGCACAAAAAGCCAAUAAUGCACCGUAUCGACCUGAAAACCGGGAUGAAAAGGAGAAGAUGAAGAAGCAAUUUUUAGAAAAGGAAGCACGCUGGACGGAGCAUACACACAAUAUGGAAGAUAGAUUUGAUGAAUUGUUGGAAAACUUUGAUAAAUUGACUAAUACUGCUAUUGAAUUCGAUUCAAGUCGAAUGAAAUUUGACCGCACUAUUGAUAACUUAAAUGGAAAAAUAAAUAAAUUAGAGGUCGAAUUACUUGAUGAAAAGGUCCAUAAGAUUGGUUAUAGUCAAGGCGAGUCCCCCACGACUGCAUCACUUCGAAAGGAAUUUAGGUUGUUAGUUGCAGAAAUGAAAAAUACACAUCAAACUCGAAUGGACAGAGAAGCACAAGAGAUACAUAGGCUCCAAUCUCAGCUUGAAGAAUUACAAAAUAAUGGUAGUAACAAAUAUGUUAGAAGCAACACAAUGGCUAUUCAAACUGAUUUAUAA